GCGCGCAACAUUCACCGCUCCGCCUCGCGCUCCGGCGCGCGUGCCAAAGCCAAUAGUUUCUCUGACAACUCUGGCACAGACAGUGAUAUUCUGCCAGAGGUCACGAGAAGGGGGUACGCCACAUUUCUGCGUUGGUGGGGAGCGUGUGUAUUUGUAUAUACAUUUAAAGGAAAGAGAGUUUUGUUUUCUCCCUUGCCAUACUUUCCAGUUCGCGUGUCACCAUUUCCUCCAGAAACGAGCCGGACUUUUUAGCGCGAGCUUCCCGGGUGCUCCACAGCAAGCGAAUAAUUGGCGCGGUCGUGGGCAUCGUCAUGAUCGUGGCGCUGGUCAUCGCAAUUCCGCUUCUGAUCCAGACCUCCGUGGUUUCAGCGCACUACGAAAUGAUGGGCACUUGUCGGAUGAUCUGUGAUCCGUACAACCCCAAACCGAGCGCCACGGCUCUGGAGGUGAUGCAGGAUCUCAGUGCCAUCCCACCAUCUUUCGCUCAAGGGACUAGAGGGGAACCGGGCCGUCCGGGCAAACCGGGACCCAGGGGUCCACCUGGCGAACCAGGUCCACCUGGUCCAAGGGGACCACCUGGAGACUCCGGCAGACCUGGAUUUACCGGCAUCACGUCGGGAACGGCGAGGACCGAGACUGGAGACGUUGGUCCAGCGUUGGGGAACAUCAAGGUCGCGUUUUAUGUGGGUCUCAAGAACCCCCACGAAGGCUACGAGGUGCUUCGGUUUGAUGAUGUUGUGACAAAUGUGGGAAAUCACUAUGAUCCCACUACUGGCAAGUUUACGUGCCAGGUAUCGGGGAUUUACUACUUCACCUACCAUGUGCUGAUGCGCGGAGGGGACGGAACAAGCAUGUGGGCAGACCUCUGUAAAAACGGACAGGUUCGGGCGAGCGCCAUCGCGCAAGACGCCGAUCAGAACUACGACUACGCGAGCAACAGCGUCGUGCUGCACCUGGACUCUGGCGACGAGAUUUAUGUCAAACUCGACGGCGGAAAGGCGCACGGAGGAAACAACAACAAAUACAGUACAUUUUCUGGUUUCAUUCUGUAUCCAGACUGAACCGCCACCUGCUUCGUCUUUAAGCUGACUGUUAAUGAAUCUUCUCUCUCCGCGCGGCGCAUAUUCCCUCGGCACUCCAUUGUCAUUCCUGUCUGUAGUGUCUUUGGGAAUAUAAGGGUCACCUGAACUCAGCGCCAGUAUGAGAAUAUGUUGUCUGAAUUUGUCCCUUUUUGUUUAAUGGUGUCUUGUGUUUGGCUAUUAUUAACCGAAAUGCGUUAAUUACGCACAGGAUGGUGAUGAGGAUACACCACUUAAAUGAUUAUUAGCAUAAAUGUAAUUGUUCUCUGGGUGAUUUUUGCUCAAAUGAAAUUAUUUUCCUGCAUUUAUGAGCCCCUAGUGGCCCCU